UAUCAUAUUGUUCCACUUCUUAUUCACAUUUCACAUUAUACCACCAUCACGGCAUUGCCACACAGUACAAAAUCCGGCAAAAUACCAAACUGACACUGACAGCUCCUGUCAUCUGAACAAACGUUUUGGCAUUGGCUUCCUUUUCGAUUUAUUUUUCCAAAAAAUCUUUAAUAAAAAAAGAUUAAAAGUUUCCAAUAAACAUUGAUAAAAGACAAAAAUGGGAGAUCAAUAUCCAGAGCCACCAAGACCGCCAUUGAUGGGCGGACUGCCUCCUCCUAUGUUGAUGCAUCCUCCGGGAAUGGGACCACCAGGAAUGCCUCCAGGUAUGGGUCCUCCACCUAAUCUCAGACCGCCCGGUAUGGGGCCGCCUGCGGGAAUGGGUCCACCAACAGGAACCGGAGGUUCUACGGGAAUAACUCAACCACCUGGUAUAAAUCAAACUCCCGGAAUGAAUCAACCUCCCGGAAUGGUUCAACCACCUGGGAUGGUUCAACCACCCGGAAUGGUUCAACCACCUGGGAUGGUUCAACCACCUGUAAUGGUUCAACCACCUGGAAUGGUUCAACCACCUGGAAUGGUUCAACCACCAGGAAUGGUUCAACCACCAGGAGUGGGUCAACCACCUGGAAUUGGACAACCACCAGGAAUGGGUCCCCGUCCAGGAAUGGCACCACCGCCACCAACCUUCCAACCAUCGCCAAACUGGACGCCUCCAAUGCAGCAGCAACAGCAGGCACCUCCCCCAAAUCCACCUCAGCAACAACAACAGCCCCAACAACAACAACAACAGCAGCCCCCACAAAAAGGAUCACCAUCCAAUACAGAAGAUCACCAAGCAAACGAUUCACUUGCUCCGUUAAUGUCCGUUUCUGUCGAUAAACCUGACGACGAAGACGACAAGAAGAUAACAGAAGUAGUCUUACCCAAAGUUCUGGAGGAUGUACUUGCUCUGAAAGAUCAGCGUGCAGCUCAGUUCGAUGUUAACGUCGAUGAUCUCAUGUCCACGGCUGGUGCUGAUGAUGAUAGACCUACGAUUCCCAGUGGAGUUAUUAGCACUGAUUAUGCCGAUGCUGAUGGAGAUUCCGAUGACGAAGCUGAAACUCAAUUAAAUGGUAUUGGCGAGAAGGCGGGCAAACAAAGCAAAGCCGAAAAGAACAAGAAAAAAAAACGAAGAAAGAAGCAGAAUCGUAAACUGCGACAACAAGUCACACAACAAUCUAAAGAGGCUCCGGAAGAAAAAGAGCCAGACGAAAAGGAAACUAAAAAAGUCGAUGAUGUGGAACACUCCAAGACAAGUCGUAAAGACAAAGCUGACGAUGAGGAUGUGACAGUAGAGUAUGUUCCAGAGAAAAUAACCAUUGCUGACCUGGCGCCAAUGUAUCGCCAAUUCUACAGAGUUUUUGAAAUAUUUAAAUUGGAAAACAAACCCAAACCUUUAGACAAGGACAAGGUGGCUGAGAAUGAAGCUGCCGAAGCUAAAAAGAAAGCUGACAAACUGGAAAUGGAUGACGACGAUGAUGAUCUCGAAGACGAUCAAAAAGACGACAAAGAGAAGCUAUCAAAGAGAAAGCUUAAAAAACUCACUCGCUUAAGUGUAGCUGAACUCAAGCAAUUGGUCAAUCGGCCUGAUGUUGUGGAAAUGCACGACGUCACAGCUCGAGAUCCCAAACUAUUGGUUCAAUUGAAAGCACAUCGAAACACAGUUCAAGUUCCACGUCACUGGUGCUUCAAACGAAAAUAUUUGCAAGGAAAACGUGGUAUUGAAAAGCCGGCAUUCGAUUUGCCAGCAUUUAUCAAGAAAACCGGUAUUAUGGAAAUGAGAGAAUCUCUGCAAGAGAAAGACGAUGCCAAGUCGCUGAAAUCAAAGAUGCGUGAAAGAGUUCGUCCGAAGAUGGGAAAGAUCGAUAUUGACUACCAAAAGCUACAUGAUGCAUUCUUUAAAUGGCAAACUAAACCACGUAUGACCAUUCAUGGUGAUCUUUACUAUGAAGGUAAGGAGUUCGAGACACGUCUCAAGGAAAAGAAGCCUGGUGACUUAUCCGAAGAAUUGCGCAUUGCUUUGGGUAUGCCUGUUGGUCCUAAUUCACAUAAAAUUCCACCACCAUGGCUGAUUGCCCAGCAGCGUUAUGGACCUCCACCAAGUUAUCCAAAUUUGAAGAUACCUGGGCUGAAUGCUCCUAUUCCAGAGGGUACUUCAUUUGGUUAUCAUGCAGGUGGCUGGGGUAAGCCGCCAGUCGAUGAGAAUGGUAAACCUUUGUAUGGUGAUGUAUUCGGAACAAAUAUGAUGGAUAUAGAUAGCGGAAUUGAUGAGGGUGAUAUUGAGCGUAAUCAAUGGGGUGAACUUGAAUCUGAGUCAGAAGAAUCUUCCGAAGAAGAAGAGGAAGAAGGCGAGGACAUGGCUAACCAACCAGAUGAAAGUGGGCUUGUUACACCUGCUGAAGGUCUGGUUACUCCAUCUGGAUUGACAAGUGUACCUGCCGGAAUGGAAACUCCCGAGAAUAUUGAACUGCGUAAAAAGAAAAUCGAACAAGAAAUGGAAGACAAUGAAACACCAGUUUUAUAUCAAGUUUUGCCAGAAAAACGUAACGAUCGUCUUGGCCAGUCAAUGAUGGCAUCCACACAUGUUUAUGACAUAAGCGGUGUCAGCAAAGCAACCACAACUCGAACUGCACCCGAACGUGAGGGUACUGUUGAAUUGGCAUUAGAUCCAUCUGAAUUGGAUUUGGAUAAUGAUGCAAUGGCACAGAGAUAUGAACAACAAAUGCGUGAACAACAAAGUCAUUUACAGAAGGAAGAUUUAUCCGAUAUGUUGGCUGAACAUGUUGCUAGGCAAAAAUCUAAACGUAAACGUCAACAAGCUGAUACAACUAAAACCACAAAGAAAUAUAAAGAAUUUAAAUUUUAAAACAAAUGUUAAUGUUUUUUUUUGCAUUUGUUUUACAAUUUAUUUGAUAAUAAGUCACAAAAAUCUAAAUUACAUGUAUUUCCAUUCGGGGAUAAAUAAACUUUUCAACACGGA